AUGGGUUAUCUUGGUUAUGCAGCUACAUCGGCCUCAGCUUUAACUUUAACGACUGUUUCACUUUAUUUGGUAUUUACCAAUUCAGGUGAUAGUUUUAAUGUUGGUGCUUUCUUGGAAGAAACUUCACCUCAUGUCUGGGCUCUUAUGGGUAUUGCAUUAAACAUUGGAUUGAGUGUGAUUGGUGCUGGUUGGGGAAUUCUAACAACGGGUACAUCUAUCCUAGGAGGAGGAGUAAGAACACCUAGGAUCCGAACCAAAAAUUUGAUCAGUAUCAUCUUCUGUGAAGUAGUAGGGAUUUAUGGAGUCAUUGGAGCUAUCGUCUUCUCAUCCAAGAUCGGAUCAUUCUCAUCUCCUGAAGGUCUUUAUACUAGAGAAAACUAUUUCACAGGCUAUUCUUUAUUUUGGGGAGGUUUGAUUAUGGGAUUUUGUAAUUUGUUAUGUGGAAUUGGUGUAGGGAUCUCAGGUUCGAAUGCUGCUUUAGCUGAUGCUUCAGAUCCUAGUUUGUUUGUCAAGAUUUUGGUCAUUGAAGUCUUUAGUUCUAUCUUGGGAUUAUUUGGAUUGAUUAGUUGA